AUGGUGAGAAGAAGCAUCGACUGCGUGAGUUGCAGUCGCAGGAGUGCAGUAGAAGACACCUCUGACCAUAUGCAAGUAGACGUACCCAUCAUGCCUACCAACAAGAAUGCAGACACCGCCGCAUCCGCUCCCACAAGCGUUAGCAAGGGCUCUGCUCCUACAAGCAACCCAGCUGGCUCCACCACCAAGGCCAAGAUCACCAAAGACCUCACAGUGGGCAAUACCGUCAAUAGAGGCAAUGGCCAAAAGCUCAUUGCUGAGCCUUCGCGCUUUAAGUACAUCUUCGAAGACGAGAUGCUGCAGCAUCUCAUGCUGCUCAACGCUUGA